CAUCUGAGGAAUUCAAUUCUAUACUUUUGUGACUUUAAAUGAUGUGUUAUAAUUCAUUUAAUUGACUUGAUCCUAAAUUGAAAAAAAUGAAGUGCUGUAGUCGUAGCACACUUGGUGUGGUCAUUGGCAUCCUAAAUGUCCUGGUAUUUACAGCUGGUGUUAUCCUACUGCUCGUGGCAUUUGUGCAAGUUGGAUUGCCUGAUUGCGUACCAAUAGUUUUUGUACUAAUGCUAGUAGCAAGUUUAAUAAUGAUUGUUAUUUCUGCUCUGCUCAUAAUGGGUAUUGUUAAGAGUCGUCACAAACUGAUGCUUCCCUGGCUGAUACUUAGCGGCAUUAGUUUCUUAAUGGAAAUUGUUGUAUAUGCUUACAAAUGUUAUAUUAGGUUUUCCCUGGCUGGUCUUAUUGGAAGUUUAAUAGCAAUUGUUUUUUCAGCUUUAAUAAUAUGGCUUAUUUAUACUUUGUAUGCAGAUAUACGCAAGAAUAACAUUUCAAAGACUGAGCAAGUAAUGAACGCCAGCCAAAUCGAAUAGCAGACCUCAGACCUUAUUACAAAACAUAAUACUGAUCUUCCCCUCCAAGAAAGAGGAUAUCUAAACAAAAGAUUUAAAAUUUUAUGCUAUAUUUAAAGAAUGCAGAAAAUAAAAAAACAUUUGAAAUUGAAGAAUUCAUAAAUAUAUAAUAUUCGAUAAAAGCA